UUGUCCUGCGCCUUCAUAACCUUAGCUACCGACGAAUCGGAUAUUCAAGUCGACUGGCUCAAAGAUGAACUACCGAUCACUUCUCCCGACUACGAAAUCAGAACGAGCCCUCGGACCUCCAGUUUGUGCAUUGAAGAGACAUUCAUCGAGGACACAGCUGAAUUCACCUGCCGGAUCACCACACUCUAUGGACAAGCAGAAACUUCUUGUCAGCUGACAGUCACCGAGACAUCUCCCCAGCAGGCAUUAGAUGAGACCGUCCAACCUAAGCGUAGACCUGUCGUUAUGAUACCUCGAGCUGGCGUUGGGGAGCCGCCACAUUUCAUCAAGCAAGUUCACUCAUCUCGUAGUGGCCACACUUAA